AUACAUUUGCUGUGCUAUUGAGAAGUUGUGGAUGUGGUUGUGUUCACAGAACACUAAUACCCUUGGUUGUGUUUCUGUUGUUACUCAAGUUUUCUUUUAAACACUUUUUUCUUUUAAUGUAUGGAAUUGUUAGUUUAGGUCUUUAAAAAAAGAAGCUAAUUGAACAUCAUAUUUGUGAAAAUUUUCUAGAAAAUCCUGUCACAAUGACAAUGGGUGAUGAAUUGCCUGUAACUUCCUUAGUUUUACCCGUUCUUAUACGGCCUGUUUUAACCCAGCUAGAGAAAUAUGACUUGGGGGCAUCUCAGACAUUACGUGCUGCUCUUACAAAGGCUGAGGCUGCUGUGCCUGGUCUUAAUUAUGAUUUGGUAGCUGGCAUAAUGAGAAGAGCUGAUAUACCAGUCAAUAUGAAUGAAAGCUUGUUAAGGCUUCAGGGAACUCUCACUGAAACUGAAUGUGCUGACUUGAGGUUAAAUAGAUCUGAAGAAGCAUUUCAGGAAUUGAAUAAGAAAUCUGCAGCUUUAAAGAAAAUUUUGAGCAGAAUUCCUGAUGAAAUUACAGAUCGGAAAACUUUUUUGGAGACUAUUAAGGAAAUAGCAUCUGCCAUUAAAAAAUUAUUAGAUGCUGUAAAUGAGGUGUCAGCAUAUACACCGGGACCUGGAAAGCAAGCAUUAGAACAGCGAAAAAGAGAAUUUGUCAAAUAUUCAAAACGGUUUUCAAAUACUUUAAAAGAAUACUUUAAGGAGGGGCAGGCCAAUGCUGUAUUUACUGCUAUGUACCAAUACUAGACCGGCAAGUCUAUCUCACAGCUGUGGAUCCCGCGCGUAGCUGGCACAAAGUUGUAUUCUUAACCGACUUAAAAAAAAGGAGGAGGUUCUUAAUUCGACUGUUUUUAUGUGUGUUACCUCAGAACUUUUUUCUAGGUGAACCGAUUUUGAUGAUUCUUUUUUUAUUGAAAGCUUCUCCAUAUGGUUCCAUAUAAAUUUGAUCAAGAUCUGACCAGUAGUUUUUGAGUUAACAAUAAUAAUGUGUAUUUUUUUACUAAAUAGAUUAUACUUCAGCGGUAGUCCGAUAUAAAUUUAAAGAAAACAUUCCAUCGUUAAGGGUGCAUAAAUGGGGGAUGAAGAUUUUAAUGUAAUUAUUAGGACAAUAUUCUAGUUGUUAUCUCUUUAAGUCGGUUUAUACUUUUAUCAAAACUUAUUUAUUUAUUUAUUUCAACUAACAACUAUCAUGACAGGAAAAAACCUAAUGCGACAGUGUAGUUCUUUUCACGCAUAACAAAAAUGUGGUCAUUAACUGUAACAUAUUGUAAACAAUCCUACCCUAGUGAAUUCACUCAAGGUGCAAUAGAAUAGGUCAAUGUCUUCAGCCAUUCUAUUAAGAAUGCGUAACGUUCGCGUUUAUAAAUUAUCAUUACAACAGUUAUUGGUUUUAGGCAAUUACGAAAUAAAGUUUCAUACUUAUCUGAAAUAAACUUCCAAUUUACGUUGACAAAAUAAAAUAAAGAUAGAUUAUCGAAUACGACGUUCGCGGUUUACAAAACAAAGAACUAGUCUUCUUUCUCGCCCGCUCGCAGUCGGCGGAAGGAGUCGCAGAGAAUUGACCGUAACUUAACCGUACUUAACGUUAGUGCACAGUGUGUUAAGCCCGGAGAGCUCGUGUAGUAAUAUACAUAGUAGUCUUUGAGUUUAUUAUUAAUUUUUUUUUCAUGACAAAGGUAGUGUACUUCUUUAGCUCAUUCUAUGACAUCAUUGGUAAAUGUAAGAAAAGCUAUUUAAAAUCAACUAAUGCUUAGAAAUAAAAAAAAAUAUGUAGUGUUUAUAUUAACCUAUUAAAUGUAUUAAAUGUAUAAAGUAAUAAUUUAAAAAUUGUUUUUUUACAACCGAAUUCAAUAUAAAUUAUUAAGAAUAACUCAAAAACCAUUGGACAAACCUUGAUCAAAUUUAUAUGGGACCACAUGUGAAGCACUAGCUUUCAAAUAAAAAAAGAAUCAUCGAAAUCGGUUCACCCAGUAAAAAGUUAUGAGGUAACACACAUAAAAAAAAAAACAGUCGAAUUGAGUACCGGCUCCUUUUUGAAGUCGGUAGCAAAUAUAAAAAUAUAAAAACGACCAUUUAAAAAGUUUCCAUACCAAAUUCUUUUUAAUAUAUGAAUAGAAGUUACAUUUCUGUUGUUAAUACGUGGGGGCUGCAAUCACUCAAAUAUCUAUAAAAUAUUAUGUUGAGUAGCAGAUGCUGGUAAUACCAUGUUGUUUAGAGUAUAAAGUUUUGAAUUUAGCAUCACAGUAAGUAAAUGUAUAGUUACUGAAGGAACAUUGUAUAUUUAUAACAUUUAAUAAGAAGUCGAACACCUUGAUUUAUCAUUGUAUAAAAUGUAACUGUAACUGCAUUUCUUAUUUGUUGUUGACUUCUAAUUGUUAAAUAACGAAUAUUGUAAUUUAAAUAGGCUAAUUUACAUUUGUAAUAAUGUAUAGAACUUAUUUCUUCAAUUAAAUAAACAGCUUUUUAAAUUUUGUGUAAACAUGAAAUGUGUUUUAUGUGCUUAAUUAAAAAUAUUUUAGCGUUAUUUCAAAUAAACCCAAUUAUAAUGUAUCAUCUAUU